AUGGACACGGCCUUCGACUCCAUUGCUAUGCAUCUGCUCGGAGGCGUUUCGGUGGCCGCUCCAGCCGUCGUGCCGCAUCAGCCGAGGGGAGAAAACAUCCAUCCGCGACGACGAGGAGGAGGCAGGCCUGCACCGACGGUUCCCACCGCGUCUUUGACGCCUUCGAGUAGCGGCGGAUAUCAACAGGGAGCCGGGCUGCUGCCUCCAUGCCCCUCUGCAGACGUUACCCGUGGCCUUAACGUCCCACAUCUUCCCGCGGUUCUCCCCCGCGUCCUCAGGCGUCCCGCGCUGAGCGCCCCACCGCUCCUCAUUCUCCUCUCGGUCUCCCGCCAUCGCGUCCAGCUGUGGCCCUCGCAGGGCGCGCUCGCUGGCUCUCACCUGACAGGUCCCCGGCCUCAGGACGACAGCCAGCACCUGCAAUCUCCCUACAUGAGGGACAAAGCGACGCAGACCCCCAGGGCCUGGGCAGAUGAGAGGAGGAGGGGAUCUCACAAACGCUCGGCCUCCUGUGGGAGCACCGACCAGCUCAAGGAGAUUGCCAAAUUGCGUCAGCAGCUCCAGCGCAGCAAACGCAGCAGCCGCCAUCGGAGGGAUAAAGACCGCAAAUCCCCGUUCAAUGGCAGCCACACCAUCAUCCAGUCGCAGUCGCCGAUGCCCAAGACCAUCCUGAUACCCAUCCCCAUCUCCAAGUCAUCGGCCCCUCGUUUCCGCAACAGCGUGGAGGGCCUCAACCAGGAGAUCGAACGCAUCAUCAUCCGGGACACGCCUGAGAAGGACGAGACCAUCGUGCCACAGGAUGUCCCAGAUGGGCACCGCGCGCCCCCACCGGUCCCCCCGCAGCGCGGCAGCAGCACCCGCAGCAUCGACACGCAGACCCCCUCGGGGGGCGGCCUGAGUGGUAACCACAGCAACAGCAGUAGCCGCCCCGACUCCAUCUCGCCCUCCUACCUCACCGUCCUCAACGACACGGGUGGAGGCAGCCCCUAUGAGGACAAAGAGCUGGGCCCCUGCUCCCCGCUGCCCAAGUACGCCGCCUCCCCCAGACCUAACAACAGCUACAUGUUCAAGAGGGAGCCUCCAGAGGGCUGCGAGAAGGUGAAAGUGUCCGAGGAGACCAUGCCCAAACCCCUGCAGGCGCUCCCGCCCUUCCUGUGUCCCGACCGCAACAAGGUCAACUUCAUCCCCAACAGCGGCUCCGCCUUCUGCCUCGUCAGCAUCCUCAAGCCCUUGCUGCCCGCCCCGGACCUGAGCUUCCGCUCCGCGGUGGGCCUCCGGAGCCUGUCCCCGGCCCUCGUGCCUCUGUCCACCCAGCCCUGCCUCCUGGAGGAGCCCGAGAGCUUCUGACAGCCCACGAGGGCUUUAAAGUCAAAAAGAAACCCCGUCCCCUCUACGAAAUCAGAAAACAUUUACUAAGAAACAACCCUUCUGCUCCAAAAAAUUUAAAUAAAUUUAAAAAAGCCUUCAGCAUGCCAGCUAAGCUCUCUCUGAUGUCCUCCUCUUGUUGAAGCGCUUCCCACUGCCUCUCCUCCUCAGACGACCACGACCCCAGAGUCCUGCAGCGGCUGACAUUUCAUCGCUUUCUUCUACCUUCAGUGCUGGUUAUGUUCCUGUUUUUUCAUGGGGAGGAGAAAAGGGGCGAAAAAAAGGACAGACUCUUUUAUUUCAUCGUAUUAUACCAUGGCGCCUUUCCACGGACAUCUCUUUUUCUAUCUGUAGUUAUUUCUCUUGAUAUGUAAAAUAUGCCUUCCAUUAUUUGAAACAAAGAAAAAAAAUGGGGGCCGCUGGUUUCCUUGGAGGCUAAUUUAUUGGUGCUGCCAGAUAUUACGUAGCAAAACUUGAACGGUCGCUAACAAAGGAGGAGUUGGAAAAAAUAAAUGUGCCUGAUAUUUCAGAACGCAGCUCUCCGGUCACGUGCGUCUCUCUAGCACGACGCGCGUGAUGUCGGCAGUACGACAACCAUAGGUACACACAGAAAGGCAGGCAAGUGGGGUGGUCCACAGAAACAACCCAAUAUUUAGACCACCUGUGACCUAAAUCCAGACGUUUUACCAGCCAUUGUACUGGUACUGGUACUGGUAACAGCGAGCUGGUUUUCCCGCCCCCUGCCGGCCGGUGUGUGUAUCUAUCGGAAACGCGGGCCAGGGCUAUGACGUGUGCAGCGCGUGUUCCACCUGUGUCCGCAUGCCCCCUCCUUCCUAUGAGACCAGCCUUCGCUCAAAAAAAACGCUCCAUCACGACCAACCCCCUUCUGUUCCUCCUUAUUUAUUUUCCCGCUCUCGCUCUCCUUUUCUUUCCCUCGCGGCCACCGUAAUGCUGAUUUUUUUUUUUCCUUCUUCUUCUGUCUUGCUCGGUUAGUGUCGUGAAAUGUGUCCCUACUGCGGGGGGGGGGGGAGGCUGAGCACGGAGAAGUCUGUGAACCCAAAAACACCGCAGGCCACGUGGGUACACAACUAAAAGUGACGUGCGCACAUCGUGAUUGACGUCCGAGCUGCGGUCACAUGACCCGUUGGUCUCCGGCAUCUCCGUGCCCCGCCCCCCUCUCCUCGCCCCGCCCCCUUCCUCCUGUAAACGUCAGCACUACUCGACUGUGCCUGCUACGGUGGGAUAGGAAUGUACUGGCUGUGUAAAUAACGAGGCGCACUGUGUUUGUAUCAUCUACUGACAAAGAUAUGUAUCUGAAUGAGUCAAUUGUACCAUCUCCCCCCCCCCCCCUUUCCCCUCCUGCUUCUUCUCCGCUGAGUACUGUGAAUUACUACACAUCUCAUUAUUGUGAAUAAUGUAUUUAUUUAUCGGGAGUGUAAUGUUGGGUCGCCAGAGAAUUUUAACCAAGAAUAGAUUACAUCGUCCAUCUCAGGUUGUAGUGACUAGGACACACGCACACACAAACAAAAGAUGUACUAACUUCUCAGCGCACACUAACAAGUCUACUACGAAGGGAGCGAACCAACACGUAGCCUCCCACGCGACGGGAAGUGAAGUGAUGGAAACCUGUAGCAGAGUGGAGAGAAGUGUGGAUGUCAUUCAUUUAUUUAUUCGGUGACCUGAUUUGUAAGAGAUGGAGAGUUCUGUUCCAAAAUGAGAUAUCCACGUGCUGGUGAAACAAGCACACCCACGAGCGAAGACGUCCGUUUACAAAAAUACAAAAGUAGCUUAAAAGAGCAGAUUCAUACACGUGGAACAGAUUUAUUUCAACUUGUUUUCUUUCUCAAAGUGGAUAAACAGCAUUUCUGGAACUCGA